AUCUCGGUCACACGGCGGCAAACCGGCUCUCACUGAACUACUGUCUGUGUCCUCACUGAAAAGCUAAAUCAAGAUGUCUGACGAGGGAAAACUCUUUGUUGGUGGCCUGAGCUACGACACCAAUGAGCAGUCAUUGGAAGCGGCUUUCUCCAAAUAUGGAACCAUUGCCAAAGUUGAUGUCAUCAGAAACAGGGAGACUGACCGUUCCCGGGGCUUUGGUUUCGUGACUUUUGAGAACCCAGAGGACGCCAAGGAUGCAAUGAUUGCAAUGAAUGGAAAGUCUGUGGAUGGACGAAUGAUCCGUGUGGAUGAAGCUGGCAAGUCUGGAGGCAGGUCCGGCGGUGGCUUCAGAGGUGGCUCUGGUGGCAGCAGAGGGUUCUUCAGGGGAGGCAGAGGAAGAGGGGGUGGAGGAUACGGCGGGGACAGGGCUUAUGGUGGUGGUGACCGUAGUUAUGGAGGUGGAGAAAGGAGCUAUGGCGGUGGAGACAGGGGCUAUGGCGGUGGAGACAGGGGCUAUGGAGGCGGGGAGAGGACAUAUGGAGGUGGAUACUCCAACAGGAGCGGCGGAUACUCCUCUGGCGGCGGUGGUUACAGGGACAACAGAAGCCAGGGUGGCUAUGAACGAUCUGGUGGCUCCUACAGGGACAACUACGACAGCUAUGCUACACACGAGUAAAAAUACUUCCAGAUUGCAAGAUCAAGUUCCUUCGCUGGCUGUAUUUAAAAGAUGUGCUCUUCGAAGAUUUUUUUCCUCAUGAUUUUUUUGUUUUUGUUUUUUUUUGUUUUUUUGUGUCCUGGUUCUAUUGUGCUAUAAACUCGCAGCAUCCUUUUUUUAUCGUGUUGGAACAUUUAUUUAGGAUUGCCCUCCUCCCUGAGGCAGGACAUGAAAUACCCUUUCCAUUUAGUUACUGUGAGCAUUGAUACCUAAGUGGUUUUUCUGUACCUACAGUUCCAUGUGGUGUGUUAGGGAUACCCACUUGGGAUUGAAAAGUUUAUACUUUGUUUUGUUUUAAAUGAUUGUAUCGAUGAACCAUUGUCUAAAUGUUUGAAUAUUGCGUGAAUUUUCUGAUCUGUUCAACACAGCCUGGUAGCUUCUAAGACCCGAAUCAAAUUGAAACUUUUGGACCAAUUUCCGCUGAGGCUCUCGAAAAACGAGGGACAAGGGGGGGGGGGGAAGUUCCCAUUUAGGCAUGACUUUUAAACUGGAAUUUUUAGCCAAUCCCUGCCUCUGGAAAAAAAAAAAAAAGCCUAACUGAUUUAAUCUGAUUCUCAGAAGAAGCUUGACAAGCUGUGAUGUACCUCAGCCUUCUGGUCUGUGUUGUGUUCCUUUAGUGAAACAAGGCCGACAUGCUACAUGAGCUCCUUGGCUCCCCGGCACACCGCCUUGAUGUUACUAAAGCCAUGUAAAGUGUCCACAACGAGUGAUCUCUAGCUCAGAGCCACUUUACUCUCUCUGCAACAUUUGGAAAUUUUUUUAACAUGCUGUACUAUGGACUCAAGUUUCAAAAAGACAAAAGGAAGAAAAAAAAAGUCUUAAGUGAGAAUUUUGUUCCUUCUGGAGAAGAUCUGUGCUCUGUUCUGUGUACCAAGCCCUCAAAGUUCCUUUUUUUUCUUUUUUUUGUAAUAUCUGGCUUAAUGAAGCCCAUUAAAUGACCAGUUGAAAAUG